AUGAUUUUUAAUAUUUUAGUUGAUGUGAAAUGAUUAUAUCAAUAUUGACAUUUUAAUAGGUAGUUGAUUGUAUGUAUCUACCUACCAGAGGUUGAUCAUAAAAUUUAUUUUAUUUAAUAUUUCUAUCGAGAUGACGAUGACGUUUCUUUUGUACACUGAAGACACCCUCAACUGAAAUUUCAAUCCUUCUGAUACGUUUUUAAAUUUUUUUUUGCUAACUGAAAAAUUUUAAAAUUUGUAGGCACCUUUAGAACAGUUUGAAAUCAUUUUCAGGGGUCACAAGAAGUGAACUGAACUUAAUUUCAGCUUCAUUUCCAUUUUUAAUACAGAAAAUAUGUCUAUAAGAAAUUCCCCGAAAAUUAAAAAUUGAAUUUUAACUCAGAAAAUUCAACGUGAGGUGAAUUUUCGGGCCCUUUUUCAACUUUAUUUUUUCUGGUCGAAAAACUUGUGCAUUAGUUGGAACAACUCGCUUAGGCUAAUUAGUUUUUUUUUUGAAACGCGAGAUUAAAAUGUAAUUUUUUUCGAUCAUCAGCUGCCUUGAUUGCAUAAUCGCUUUAGAUUCAUGUUUUCAAUUCGACAUGAUUAAACAUACGAAGUCCGAAGUCCAUUUUAGGAAUUAAAAAAAAAUUGAAAAUUCAUCUUAUCUGAUGCAGCUUCUCUUCAAGUUUCAAAUAUAUGUACGUAGUUUAGAAAUCACGAUUCGAAUGAUUUUUUUUCGAUAGAUUUGCGGAACUAAAGUUCGUGUGAUCAGUAUCCUUUCAUUCUGCUUCAGACAAGAAGAUGAAGAAAUCGUGUUCGUCCAAUACGUGCUGAAUUCGCCGACACUGCUGAAUGAAAAGUUAUUAACUAGAGAACAACAAAUAGUCUACAAUGAGUAUGAAAUCUCGGGUUCAGAUCCUAUGACGCCUUUUUCAGCUCAUCGAGCUAUGCUAGAUUAUACUAUUGAAAUAUUUCCGGCGUAUAAAUUACAAUAUUUAGUACCACCUGAAAACAUGGCUUUUGCUGCGUGGAAGAAAGCAACGUAUCAUUAUGCUAAUCAGGCACUGCAACAUAAGGCAUUAUUCGAGCUGUGGAACGGUAUCAAUUUUUCAAUCAGGAACGAUGCUAUCAAAUGGAGUGGUAUUCCUCGUAAAAUAAUAACAGGAAUCCUGAAAAUACCCGACAAUCAAAUCACCACUUGGGUAAAAAAUAAUCUGUAUGACAUUUGGAUUACGGUGAUAACUGAAUUUGAUGAAGUGAAUCCCACCACAAGCGCACUGGUCAUUUUGAUGAAUAAUUUCAUCAACCAACCAUCCAAUGUCAACAGUCAAACUGCCGAUUCGUCGAAUUUAAAAUCGCAGUCGCUGCAUAUAGAUAAAUUGUGCGGGACUGGGGGAAGCUUCUGUGUGCGGAGUUUGAGACAGAAGUUUGCCAAAGUUGGAGGAGAAAUACGAUGCUGCAAAUUAACCAUUCCGAUUAUGAAACUGUUCAAUAUUAAUGGUCUGUUUGCGUUGGUGCUGCCAGAUACGCUGAUGAAAAUCGAAAAUAUAAAUGUUGUACCUUCUGUCAAGAGUAUGAAUGUGAUGCAUAUUAAUUAGAUUGGGAAUGUUUUAAUGAUUUACUGAUAAGUGAUAUGAUUACGAUUUUAUCGAUUUAUACAAUUUGGUUAUCAAUUUGAAUAAUUUUUUUUAGUUUUUUUUACAACGUAAAAGUGUACCUUAUUAUGCUGGUUCAAGGUGAAGGCAAGGUGACAAACUUGUGUACCUAUAUUUCUUAAAUGUUUUUUAAGAGUAGGUAUACUGGUGGACAAUCUUGAAAACGAAAAAAUUAAUAUUUUUGCGAUUUCCCCAAUUUUGGGAGUUUUUUUUUUCUCGAAAUACAAUCAUUAAAUAUACGAUUAGCUGCACCAUUACCUUAAUUUACAAAAAAAAUGUUUCUUAAUUUUUACUGGUAAAAAAAAUAUAAUAGAGCCUUUUUGGGAACCCAUGGUUAAUUUUUCGAGCGAUCCACCGGUCGCAGUUGAAACUCCCCCCC